GGGUCUGUGAUGGAGGAACAACAGGUGGUUCAGAAUGAGAAGUAGAAGUAAUCCAGCAUGUGUUUGUUUUGUUUUUUGUUUGUCGUCACAGAGAUGAAUUCAGACAGCCGUCACCCGUCAGCACCCGAAAGUGUGUAAACCUGUGUGAUGUGUGAGUCACUCCGAGAGGAGGAAGAGACAGAGGAGUGUCUGAGUGGGUGGAGCCGAACAGGAGGAUGAUGAAGAGGAUGCAGAUGAUGAUGAAAGGGAGGAGAGAGUAAGGGAGAGGGAAGGGAAGAGGCUGUGUGUCAGGUCUGGAGUUGGUGCUCGUCAUUAUUCCCAGAGCAGGAUCUGUGAAGGAUUUGUGAAUAGUGAGGAGAAGAACCUGAGAUCCAUCUAGAACUCCAGCAGGAGGGUUUCUCUUCUACUUUACUUCUCUUUUAUCUCCUGUUGGUUUCUCCAGUGUGUAUGUGAUCAGACCCUGGGAGAACCAUGUCAGUGGAAAGUGAGAAGGUGGGGAGGGAGUGAGGACAGGAUGGCGUACACACAGCUGGAACCCAUCAGUGAGGGUCUGCUGUCCACACUGACGGAUCUGCUGCUGUGCCGCUGGUCGUGUGGCUCGUGUUGGCGCUGGUGUUGGGAGUGUAGCUGCUGUCAGACCUCAGAGGAGGAAGUGGAGAUUCUGGGGCCGUUUCCUGCACAGACACCUUCCUGGCUUGUUAACGACUGUAAUGAUGAGAAGGAGUCAAACUCCCACCUGGUGUCCGGUGAUCACGUUCCUCCGGCCCACAACAGCACAGCAGGCAGCAGUAGCCCGGGUUGCACCAGUCCCGGCAGCAGGGGUUCCGGCUCGGAGAACUCUCGCUCCACCUUCAGCCUCGCACGCCAGCUCUCCAGUCUGGACUCACGGCGUCCCAGCUCCCCGAUGCUGGACACAAAGCCCAUAGAAUUCUGGGCCAUGUCCCCGAGAAAGGAGGUAGUUCAGCCCCUGCGCAAACCUCAGCCUCCUCCGGAUGAUUAUUUCCACCAGCUGGAGCCGCGUCUUUACUCAUCUGAGUCUGGUGGAGAUGACGUGGACUCCCUGAGCGACGAGGAGCUCCUGCUGCGCUACAAGCUCGGCCUCCUGCACUUCAGCACGCAGUAUGACCUCGUGCGUGGUCAGCUGAUUGUGCGUGUGAUCGAGGCACGUGAUCUGCCUCCUCCUGGUGUGGGCAUGGCUCACUCCAACCCCUACGUCAAGAUGAGCCUCCUUCCGGACCACAAGAACUCGCGGCAGACCGGCGUCAAACGCAAGACACAGAACCCCGUAUUCGAGGAACGCUUCACCUUCGAGCUGCCCUUCCUCGAGGCUCAGCGCCGCACGCUGCUGCUCUCUGCUCUGGACUUUGACAAAUUCUCACGCCACUGCAUCAUCGGGAAAGUGACGCUUCCGCUCAGCGAGGUGGACCUGGUGAAGGGCGGACACUGGUGGAAGGCUCUGGUGCCCAGCUCCCAGAAUGAGGUGGAACUCGGGGAACUGCUGCUCUCUUUAAACUACUUGCCGAGCGCCGGGCGACUCAACGUGGAUGUCAUCAGAGCUAAGCAGCUGCUGCAGACCGACAUGUGUCAGGGUUCAGAUCCCUUUGUGAAAGUUCAGCUGGUGGCAGGACUGAAGCUGGUGAAGACCAAGAAGACGUCGUGUAUGAGGGGAACCAUCGACCCCUACUUCAACGAGUCCUUCAGCUUCCGGGUUCCUCACGAGGAUCUGAGUGAAGUUAGCCUUGUUUUCACAGUUUAUGGCCACAACGUGAAGAGCAGCAAUGACUUUGUGGGCCGUGUGGUGAUCGGUCAGUUCUCUACAGGUCCGGCCGAGACCACGCACUGGCGGCGUCUGCUCCGUACCCAGCGCACGCCUGUGGAGCAGUGGCACAGUCUGCGAACCCGCGCCGAGUGUGACCGCGUCUCUCCCGCCUCACUCGAGGUCACAUGAUCUUCACUCAGGGGAGGAGGGAAGUGUGGACCGUUUGAAUGGCAGGGCAAGUGAUGAGAGGAACUGCAGCGAUGUGAAAAAACAGUGGGUUCUGAAUCUAACUCAGGUUCUGCUCUGGACUUCAAUCAAAAACACAGAUUGCUGAUGAAGUGUUUUUCUGGCAAUGCAGCAGAGCAUUUUAUCUUCAUCACGCUGAUCAUCUGCCAUCACAGAAGACCUUCAGAACCUCAUCGUCGGCUCGGGCUGACAUCAGCCAGAUCUUUUCUCCUCCUCUUCCUACUCCGUUUCCUUCUCCUCCUCCUCUUCUUCCUCUUUCUCCUUCACCUCCUCUUUCUCUUCCUUCUCCUGCUUUUUCUCCUCUUCUCCUUCUCUUCCUACUCAGCUUCUUUGCCCUUCUCCUCUUCUUCCUGCUGUUAUAGGAGGUGAUGUUGCUCCUGUUAAUCGGCUGAUGGAUGUUUCUGUUGCUCUCAGCUCCACAUCGCGGCUCCAUUUGUGUGUUUAUUAAAUUUUGUAAAAAAAAAAAUAAGACAUCGAUCAGCGAUCACAGAGAUCACGAUGCUCGUCAGCUCGUCUCCCCUUCAAAAGCAGUGUCCAUUACAUUCUACUGUCCCCGUCCUCUUACCCGAAACAUCUAAUCAGAUCCUCUCAUCAUUUUAUGGGAAAAACAAGCAUCUUCUCUUCAUCACGAAAAAGCGUUCAGUCAAAUCCACUAAAACGCUGGAACUCUCAUUCUAACCAAAAAAAAAAACAAAAAACUGUCUGCUACGGACGAGUGUGACGUAUCAGCGCUCCGAGAUUAAAUGUAGUUUAAAGGUGUCAGUGUGUUCAGUCAGACGUCUCACACGGCGGUCCCUGAGACAGACGAGCCUCAGACUCCCCAGAGUUCUGUUUUAUUAAAUUGUGAUUAAAACGUUCUCACGACAGACUGAAGAUGAGCCUCGAGUCGCUGUCCCUCGGACACGACCGCGCGUGUCUACAGACUGAAGAUGAGCCUCGAGUCGCUGUCCCUCGGACACGACCGCGCGUGUCUACAGACUGAAGAUGAGCCUCGAGUCGCUGUCCCUCGGACACGACCGCGCGUGUCUACAGACUGAAAGCAUCCUGUGUUUAAGUGUUUAGUUUGUUUAUUAAUCUCACUUGAAAUGGACUCGGUGUUAGUGUUGGAGUAGAUGAUAACGUCUGUCUGUUUUUAUCUCUGUGCUGUAAGGUAGUGUCUCGUCCUGCCUCGUCUCUCGUCCGCCGCUCUGUCCGUCACGCUGUAAUCCCUGUAGCUGUGUGUCAUGCACAUGUCUUUGCGAUGUAGUGAAAGUCUUCACUGUCUUAAUGUGAAUCUCACUGUUAAUAUUUCAUUCAAGUAGAAACAAUAACUACUUUAGAAUAACGAGGCAGUGAAGAUGUUUAUUUAGAGAAGUUACUGAACAUAUAGAUGUAGAUUUAUCUCUAGAAUAUGGCUGUAUCUAUACUGUACUGACCCUGUGUGUGAACGACAAGAACUGAACAAACCUGUGAUGCUGGAGAGAAAAGAGAAAGAGACAUAAAUAAAUAAAUAGAUAAAUAGAUAAAUAAAUAAACAAACAAACAAAUAAAUAAAUAAAUAAAGAGGUGCUGAAAUGAAAAUGUCUUCUGCACUGCUGAUUUAUGAGGACGAGUGCCGUCGCCUGUUCCCAGCUAACACCGAUGCUAAGUCCAAAGCUAGCAGUUUUGCAGGCUAACAUGCUGCAGCAUCGCUGACAGCAGAAACACAACAGAUUCAUGCAGAAGUUUCCUCAGAUGUGUUAUUAAAUGACUCAGGUGUGUGUGUUCUGUCUGUGUGUGUGUUAGUGUAUCUGUAGCAGAGCUCAGUCUGAACUUUCUCACAUUUCUGACAUCAUCGUGAUCUUCUCUGGUUACGGUGGUGAUGCUGAUCGUACACGCUGAUGCUCUAAAACCCUGAUCACCUAAAAAAAAUCAGUCGUCAAGUGAAAUCAGGAGGAACGUGACGUGUCCUGUAGAGAACGUCUCGAUGAAUAGAGACUUUAAUUCCUGCCUCUGGUUCAUAGCCGCAAACAUACAAGCAAAUCAUCUCAUACUGUCGUAUACAACAGAAAAUAAAAUAAAGCAGAGAUGGCUGUGUGCCUGGUGAGUGUAUGGAGCUAGUUUACAUUUAGCAGACACACUUAUCCAGAGUGAAUUACAUUUUUACUUUAUACAACUGAGCAAUUGAGGGUUAAGGGCCUUGCUCAGGGGCCCAGCAGUGGCGGCUUGAUGGACCGGGGACUCAUGACCCUCCGAUCAGUAAUCCAACACCUUAACCACUAGGCUACCACAUCCCAGUUUGUUAGUUCAGUUAGCACUUUAUGCUAAUCAUGUCUGGGAUUACGCUAACAUGUAGCCAUACAUUGUUUUCAUGCUGAUUAGUGUAUUAGUUAAUGUGUGUGUAAAGACUUUAGGAGUGAUAAGCUGUGUGGCUAAAACAAUCUGUCACUGUGAUAUAAAUCAAAGCUGGCCACGCCCACUAACUACAGACCGCACGAGGGGCUCUUCGUGUGUUAGCGUGAAACUUUGUGAGUUAUGAGAUUAUCUGUGGAGGUACAAAAGGUAGGUGCUUCGCAUCACUCAAAGAAUAAUCAGCUAUCAGCGGGAAAAGGCCGCUAACAGAUGUCAGGAAUGUUCUGUGUGUGUCAUUAGAAUGGAUUAAAGCCUUUAUAAACGUCCCUAUAAUGCUACGUAGAAUCAUUAGAGAACGUCCAGAUGAAUAACGUACUGUACAGUUAGUAAAGACGAGACCCUGCUGGUGGUUUUAGUUAAAUAUGUACAAAUGAACACGAUUAAUGUAACUAAAGAUGUGUUGUGUUGUGGAACAAAACGUUUACAGAACAUUUGGCUGGUUUAUUUUUUAAUCAAGAAAACUCCAUACAGUGAGUAUACAAUAAACUCUAUACAGCGUGUACAAUAAACUCUACACAGCGU